UUUACAGCACAGAGAUCCAGCCAUGGCACCUACUAUCACUUCAGUUAUGAUCUACUCUAAGGAGAAAUUUACUCUGAUCAACAAGCUAAGAAAGCCAGUGGUGGAAAGGUUCCGCAGAGAUCGUAUCAACAACAGCAUUGAGCAGCUCAAGUCUCUCCUGGUUCCAGAGAUCCUCAACCAGCAGCCCGACUCCAAGCUGGACAAAGCCGACAUCCUGGAGAUGACAGUUUGCUUCCUGAGACAACAGCAUCAGAACCAGCCAGUGAGCUCCUCCUCCUGCUCAGCACCUGUCAAUCAGGGUUACUCCAGGUGUGUCCAAGAGAUUGUUCACUUCCUGUCUGAAGAUGAGCUGAAUACACAGUCCCAGAGAAGACUGCUGAGCCACUUCCAGAGCCUGCAGCCAUCCUCUGAUAAGAACAGGAGGGAGAUUGACCUGCCUCCGCUGAGCUCCCCAGCCCAGCACAGCAUCAGCAAAGAGAAGAGUCCUGUCAACAGCGCCCUCUGGAGGCCCUGGUAGAGUCCUACAGACUGGAGCUCCACUCAACACAAUGGAUAGACCAUGUUGGUCUAAGAUUAAUUUAAUGGACAGUAAUGAGUAUAAGAAAAAUGUCUUCUUCAUCCUCUGCUUAUGCAGGAGUUUUUAAAAGUCUUGCUGUGAUUGAGACACUUCAUUUCAGUUGAACUGAAGUUAAAAAGGUUUUCCAAGAAAACAAUUGGAUCUAUGAAAACUACAUUUUUGUAGUGUUAAUUGAAAUCAUCAUAACCUUUAUGUUUUGUGAAACGUGUUGAUUAUAUUGAUCAUGUGUUUAUAUUCAUGAUCAACAAUAACUUUAAUUGUCCUCCAUGAGAUCCUUUAAACCAAAAUGGGUGUUAUAUCAUCAAUCGGUUUGUGAUUGUCUAUGAUUGAUCUGUUUUUAAGGUCAAAAUAUCAGUCAUUUGUUUUACCACUACAUUUGUGUAGUGAUAUAGUCAUAUUAACAUUGUAUUGAGCAUCUUCUGUGAAGCAUGUAUCAGUUAUAUAUUUGAUAUGGAUCAACUUGAGCUACAGCAUCAAUGUUCCUCCAGGAGGAUUAUUUACCCAAACUGGGUAUUAUACCUGUUAUCAUCACUCUGUGAUUAGCAAUAUUUGAUCUGUUUUAAGAUUAUACCUAAUUUGUGAAAUUGUCACUUACAUUAUUUGAAUAAUGUGUUUAUUGCAAAUGGGAGAACAAAUGUCUAAUUGAAAAACCCUCGUUUAUUUUAAACAAUUAUGUUUUCUUUUAUAAAGACAGUAACUUUGUAUCCUAUUCUCUGAUAGAGUAUCAUGUCUUGGACAUUUGUUCAAGUUCUUGUUGUGAUGUUUAAUCACUAUUCCUCUUGAAAUAUUUACUUUACGUUAAGGUAUUGAUGGUGUGACUCAUUGAGUCAGUCAAAAUAAAUACACAAAUCAUCAAAUGAAAUAUUAUUGUCUGUUACUUCACUCUUUUCUCCAC